UAGCUGUCAUCACAAGUACCUAACUUCUAAAUUAGGAAAAUAAGAGAGUAAUUCUGUGCCACUAUUAGGUGAUAAGAUGUAACUUCAAAUUUCUCACUCUGAUCAUCCACUAACACACACAGAUAACAGAAAAGAAGAAAAAAUAAUGGUUUUCAUACCAGGAGAAUCAAGAUUGUUGUUGCAAGACCUUAUGGUUGCUCUUAUACCAAUAAUCGUGUUACUCUUCUUCAUCAAAUGGGGUUUUUUUAACGCCCCAUUGAGCAAAAAGAAGUUGCCACCGUCACCAUCAAGACUCCCAGUAUUAGGAAACUUUCAUCAGCUUGGACUGCUUCCUCACCGCAAUCUGCGAUCUUUGGCUCAAAAACAUGGUCCGAUCAUGCUUCUUCACUUUGGCAGUGUGCCUACUCUUGUACUCUCUACUGCAGAUGCAGCCCGUGAAGUCAUGAAAGUUCAGGACCUAUUGUUCUGUGACAGGCCUGAAUCAAGUCUUUACAGACGUUUGCUUUAUGACGGGAAGAAUAUAUCUGUAGCGCCUUAUGGAGAGUACUGGAGGCAGCUAAAAAGCAUCAUUGUUCUGCAGCUUCUGAGCAACAAAAUGGUGCAGUCGUUUCGUAAAUUAAGAGAAGAAGAAACUGCCCUUAUGGUGAACAAGAUCAGAGACUUGGCCUCUUCUUCAGUACCCGUGGAUUUAAGCGAGUUGUUCGUGACACUGACUAAUGAUGUGUCCUGUAGAUCUGCCUUUGGCAAGAAGUACAGUGAAGAGGGAAGUGGGAGGGAAUUCAAGAAGCUUUUAGAGGAGUUUCUGCAGUUACUAGGUAGUUAUAGUUUUGCGGAUUUUGUUCCAUGGCUUGGAUGGGUUGAUAGAAUCAGCGGUUUGGAUUCCAAAGUGGAAAGAGUUUUUGAAAAGCUUGACAAGUUCCUCCAAGGAGUCGUUCAAGAACACGUCGAUAAACAACCAAUACAGCUUGUUGGAAAAACUGCUGAAUCUGAGCAUAAGGAAGACUUUGUUGAUGUCUUGUUCAGGAUUCAGAAUGAGACUACUCAUGGGAUCUCUAUCGGAAAUGAUGCUGUCAAGGCAAUCCUAGUGGAUGUCUAUGCUGCUGGAACUGAUACCACAGCUACGGUCCUAGAAUGGGCGAUGUCAGAGCUCUUGAGAAACCCGAAUGUCAUGAAUAAAGUACAAAACGAGAUCAGAGAGAUUCUUGGUUGCAAACCUGAUAUAGAAGAAAUUCAAGAAAAUGAUUUGGAGAAAAUGCAGUAUCUGAAGGCCGUGAUCAAAGAAACUCUUCGUCUGCACCCUCCAAUACCCUUGCUGGUUCCCAGAUCAGCACGCGAAGAUGUGAAAUUAAACGGCUAUGACAUUGCUGCUGGAACCAUGGUUAUAAUCAAUGCCUGGGCUAUAGGAAGAGACCCUGCAACAUGGAAUAAACCAGAGCAGUUUGAGCCAGAGAGGUUCUUGAAUUCCUCUAUUGAUUUUAAGGGACAUGAUUUUCAGUUAAUUCCGUUUGGAGCAGGCAGAAGAGGCUGCCCUGGAAUCGCUUUCGCCAUGGCCACCAAUGAAUUUGUGCUGGCAAAUCUUCUGCAUAAAUUUGACUGGAAGUUGCCUGAGGGGAAAAACUGGGAGGAUUUAGACAUGCGCGAAAGGCCUAGUUUAACAGUCCAAAGGAAAAUUCCCCUUCUCGCUGUCGCGACUUCAUGUACCCGCUAGGGUUGAAUUUUUCCCCCGGAGCCUGGAAAUAAAUCUGCAGAAUUUCAUUGUUAAUUACUUUUCUGCAAAUGUAUCCAGAGUUAACAAUAAAACUUAGGAGUGGUUUUGUGCAUA